GACUGGCUAGCACAUCCAAGUUGUACCAACAUGCUUCCAAGUGACGUGUGACAGUAUCAGCUCAAUGCUGCUUCACAUGCCGCUGUAUCCAAGAGGCAGAGGCAUGUGCUUCCCUCAAUUUCCACGGCGACUGUCGUCGACAUUGGCAAGGCAAUACCCUCACGAGGUAAGCGAUGACGACGACCUCGACUGUUUGCCACAGUCAGAUGACUCAUCUGAAAGAUCCCAGAGUCCUGAUGACUACUGCCUUCAUCGCAAUGCUCCUACGCUCUCAGAGGUAGAGUCAGCUUCGGUGAGCCCUUCCGGCAGUCGGAGAUCCUUCGAGCUGGCCGCUGGACUAGACCUGGAUUCUGAUCUCUCGGAGCCCGACUUCCCGGGAGUUGAGACGGACGAUAGCCAAGCCGAGUCCGACUCGGAUGGAGAACUUUCGAUUGCGAACAACGUGGACUUGGAGGAUGAUACUUGUGAAUCCGAAGUGCCGCUUCCUCCGCAAUUGCCCUAUGUGGCAGAGGAGCGACUGCAAGAGGUUUGGCCGAUGGGGGAGGCAGCCUUUGCAAUCUUCACUUGUCCAAUCACGCAUGAUGUGAUGUCGGAUCCGGUUGUUAGUGCGGAUGGCUACACUUAUGAAAGAUCUGCUAUAGCAAGAUGGUUCGAAACGUCGCGCAAGAGCCCCGUGACUGGUCAAAAGCUUCCCCACGCAGAGCUUGUCCCAAAUCAGUCAGUGCGGACUCUCCUGAAGACGCUUAUUGACAUGACAGCCCCCCAGGUUGAGAAGAAGCAGCUCUGCGUUACCCCAAGCCAGAAGGAGCCAGGAAAGAUGCGGACCUGCGAGCUGCAGACACCGAAGCUUGUGCCAAUCCCAGAUCACCGACCCUCUUCUUCUAGCAGUUCCAGCUCUUCGUCCAGUGCAGUGAGGCGUGGAGAGAAAUUGGCAUGCCGGUGCUGAGUAUGAAGCAAAGCUUGCCGCGACAAUCACCCGUUUCAACAGGCGCCCGAUGACCUUGUCUCCUGCCAUGAAGAGCGGGAUACCACACGCACACUGUUAUCUUCCGUACCAUAAGUCGUUGCAUGCUUGACUCCCGGCGCUGCCGACUUGGAAUGGAAUUGCAGCAGUCAACACUGUGCUGACUUGCAGAAUGAUAUGCCAGCCAGAAUGGCGCUGCUGCACGGCAAAGAUUUGUGCAUCAGUGUGAGCUUGAGAGCCAAUUGCAAACUUGCCGAAGAAUCAACGGGCGAUCGUGUUGCAUUUGGCAGGCUCGUCCUUGCAGUAGCAAAUACUCCUGUAGCCAGGUAGGAGGUCUCGUUGUUCAAACAGAACAUUGAACAGUGCUCCGCGAAUUUAAUCUGCUUUGCACACAGACAAGAAA